AUGCCGGAGCAAAGCAACGACUACCGCGUGGUAGUGUUCGGCGCCGGCGGCGUAGGCAAGAGCUCGCUGGUGCUGCGCUUCGUGAAGGGCACGUUCCGCGACACCUACAUCCCCACCAUUGAGGACACCUACCGGCAGGUCAUCAGCUGCGACAAGAGCGUGUGCACGCUGCAGAUCACAGACACCACGGGCAGCCACCAGUUCCCGGCCAUGCAGCGGCUGUCCAUCUCCAAGGGCCACGCCUUCAUCCUGGUGUUCUCGGUGACCAGCAAGCAGUCGCUGGAGGAGCUGGGCCCCAUCUACAAGCUCAUCGUGCAGAUCAAGGGCAGCGUGGAGGACGUCCCUGUCAUGCUGGUGGGCAACAAGUGCGACGAGGCCCAGCGCGAGGUGGACACGCACGAGGCGCAGGCUGUGGCGCAGCAGUGGAAGUGCGCCUUCAUGGAGACCUCGGCGAAGAUGAACUACAACGUCAAGGAGCUGUUCCAGGAGCUGCUCACGCUGGAGACGCGCCGCAGCGUGAGCCUCAGCGUGGACGGCAAGCGCGCCGGCAAGCAGAAGCGGGGGGAGCGGGCCAAGGGCAAGUGCAGCCUCAUGUGACCGCGCCGUGCCACCACCCGCGACAGCAACGC